GGAGGUAUAUAUGAGCAUCCGUCAGCAGGUAUAACACAGUUUGUGUUGCAGCAUCACAUUGACUGUGUUACCCACACACUAACAUGGCGUUCUUCGUGCGUGUUGAGAACUUCUUCGACAACCUGGCUGACAGGUUUCGCAGAGACCACGAAGAGAACCGCAGAGACGAGCGCCACCUGGAGUCAGAAAUUGAGAUUGCUCACGCUGUCAACCUGUCAGUAGACGUGAGCACACCACUAAAGGUGGUGUCAGUGGACUUCCAACCUAAGCUCAACGCUGCCAACCACCACUGUGAAAAGUACAAGUUGGUGGACAUCAGGGAAGGAACCCCCAUUAUCCGUAGGUCGGGAGCUUUCUCUCUCAUCGUCGAGUUCACCAAAGAUAUCGACCUUAAGAAGCAACAUCAACUUACUUUCUACUUCUCUUUUGGUGCUUCUCCCAACAUACAUGCUGGCACCCAGGCAAUGCUUCUCGUCUCGGGGAAAAAACUUUUUGACAAGAACCACGAACAAUGGGACAUCCGUCUGGAAAACCAGACGGGAAACAAGGCCACCGUAGAGGUUCAGGUACCAUCUGACGCACCAGUGGGAGUCUGGAACACCACAGUGGAAAUCAGACCUCGGGGGACUGACACAGCAAGUGGUCGCCACUUGUUACGUCUCGACACACUUCUCUAUAUCCUCUUCAACCCUUGGAGCAAACAUGACGCCACUUUUAUGGAAGAAGAAGACAAACGAGAAGAAUAUGUCUUGGCUGAUGUGGGCAAGAUCUGGCAGGGUAGCUACCCUACUGCCAGGGGCAGACACUGGGUAUUCGGUCAGUUUGACGACGUGGUGCUCCCUGCUUGUAUUAUCAUGCUGGAGAGAUCAGGUCUGAGACCUGAGUCCAGGGGUGACCCCAUCCGUGUCUCCAGAGCUAUUACUAAGAUCGUUAACAGUAAUGACGACGCUGGUGUAGUAGUGGGUAGAUGGGAUGGAAAGUAUGAUGACGGAACAUCACCAAGUGGAUGGACUGGAUCCAUCAAGAUCUUAGAGGAGUAUGUUCGCUUCCACCGCCCCGUGAAGUACGGCCAGUGCUGGGUAUUUGCUGGUGUUGUUAACACAGUGUGUCGUGCCCUGGGUCUGCCCUCACGUGUAGUGACCAACCUCAAUUCAGCCCAUGACACUAACGUCUCUCUCACCAUCGACGAAUACUUUGGCGAUGAUGGCAAAGAGUUAGACAAGGACGUGGCUUAUGACAUCAAUGCUGCUGGGGUUAAUGACUCGAUCUGGAACUUCCAUGUGUGGAAUGAUGUGUGGAUGACUCGACCUGACCUGCCUCCAGGCUAUGGUGGAUGGCAGGCUAUUGAUGCCACCCCGCAGGAGACCAGUGAUGGAGUGUUCCAGUGUGGGCCUGCUUCCCUGGAAGCUGUACGCCGAGGCCAGAUGGAGCUCAAGUAUGAUGUUCCCUUUGUCCUGGCUGAGGUGAACGCUGACGUUGUCCGCUGGAAGGUGGACAAGGAGGCUGAGGAUGGAUUCAAGAAACUCACCUCAGAUAAAUCUCAUGUGGGUCGACAAGUGCUGACCAAAAAAAUUGGUCCAGUAGAUGACGGUCGAAUUUAUGAAAAAGACAAAGAAGAAUGUACUAGUGACUACAAGGCCCCUGAAGGAAGUCGCGAAGAAAGGGUGACACUCCAUGCUGCUGCCAGGCGGUCCCGUGCUGCACGUCAUGCGUUCCGCUUCCCUUCGGAGGCCAUGGAAGACGUCGAAUUCACUAUCGACGAUGUUGAGAGAGUCCCCAUUGGCAACGACUUCUCCAUCACCGUCAAGGCAGUGAACAAGAGCGAGGUAAAUCGUACUGUGAAUAUUGUCAUGACAGCAGUCAGUACGUACUAUACCGGAGCCAAGGCCCAUGACAUUGCCCGUGCUGAGGGCAAGUUCAUCCUGAAGCCUUCAGAGACCAAGACUCUGUCGCUGCCGGUGACCUACAAGCAGUACUAUCACAAACUGGUAGAACAUGCCCUGGUCAAACUGGUGGCUAUAUGCAGCGUAGAAGAGACCUCAUUUGCUUGGAUUGGAGAAGACAGGUUUGAGGUGCUAAAGCCUCGUCUCAAGGUGGAGCUGCUGUCGCCUUGCAUUGCUGGUAAACCAUUGGAAACCAGGUUUUCCUUCACCAAUCCACUACCAGUGGCUCUAACCAAAUGUGUCCUGGUGGUGGACGGUCCGGGACUCACACGACCCAAGACCAUUCCUGUCAAAGAUGUUAGUGCCAAGGGAGAGAUGGUGUACGAACUUAAGGUGUACCCAACGAAGGAAGCCAGCUGUACCCUGGUGGCCACCUUCAACUCCAGAGAGCUGUUUAACCUGACUGGCUCAUCUCUGGUCGAAGUGGCCCCUACUGAGAGUUAGUGGGCCAUGACCACCUUCAACUUCAGAGAGCUGUUUAACCUGACUGGCUCGUCUCUGGUCGAAGUGGCCCGUACUGAGAGUUAGUGGGCCAUGGCCACCUUCAAUUCUGAAGAACUAUUUAAUCUAACUGGCUCGUCAGUGGUCAAAGUGGCCCCUACUGAGAGUUAGUGGGUCAUGGCCACCUUCAGCUCUAAAGAGCUAUUUAACCUAACCGAAUUGUCUCUGGUCGAAGUGGUCCCUACUGAGAGUUAAUGGGCCAUAUUAGUAACCAGUUACUAUGUUAAGACAUUGCAUUCUGCAACAGAAUAUUGUGGGACAGUCUGUGUCUUAUUUUGACAGUAUUAUCAAAUAGAACAGUUAGUUUAGGAUUUUUAACAUAGCUUUAGUUUUUAACUCAUCAGAGCACCACACCUCUACAAAAAAGACUAUCUAUAGAUAUCUUUAUUCCCUCACCAAUAACUAUUGUAUAAAGGCACCUUUGAUGUGCCUUUAUGUAAUAGUUAUAUCAAUAACAAAAUGCGGCUAGCCGGGGGUCGAACCCAUGUUGUUUUAGCCAGCUUCCUGGCAAGCAAUUCAAGACUCACGACAUUUUAACCACUACAACAGUCCUACCAUAGGAUUGUAUUGUAGGAUUGUUGGUGUAGUGGUUAGAACCUCGUGAGUUUUGGACUUUGAAUUACAGGUUCGAUCCCCAGUUAGCCACAGUUUGUUACUGCUAAAAUACCACUUAAUCGUUAAUCAUUGUAUCCUGGAUCAGGUGUUGUGAUCAUACAACACUCAUUGUAUCCUGGACCAGGUGUUAAGAUCAUACAACACUCAUUGUGUCCUGGACCAGGUGUUAUGAUCAUACAACACUCAUUGUAUCCUGGACCAGGUGUUGUGAUCAUGCAACAGUUAUAUUAGUAAUAAUUGGUAGCAUUACCGAUAAAAUAUAAUAUUAAAAGAACACAUAUGCAAAUAUAUAACAUUGUACAGUGACAUUACAUAUCUUCUACACUAUGCUUACCAUCAUAUGUAUGUAAACAUGUACACCUGUUACAUGUGACUGUACAAUUACACAAGUACAGUCAACAGAGCAAUCCAGAGAAUGAGAAAUAAAGUAUAUAUAAGA